UGGCCCAGGACGAAGAGGGGGCAGAGAGAGAGGGAGCGCAACCGCCGCGUAGCCCGCGGACCCCGGCGUGCGUCACCGGCCUCCGCGCCGCCGCCGGCGGUGUCCUGGAGGCUGGCGUCUGUGCUCCACGAGCCCGCUCGGUUUUGAAAUUCGAAGCGUGUGCGUUUGGGCACUGAGCUUCUGCAGGUGCUUCGCCAUCGAUUAGGGUUUGGCUAAAGGCCUCUCUGUGCAUGCCUCUAUGAAUGCAGCAUUGUGCGUGCUUAGCGGAUUUGAUGGAAGUAUAUGUGUUUCCAAUCCAUAUCUCUGUUGUUAACUAGUGGUAACAAACCUAGCAUUGAAAGGCUCUUUUAGGUUUAGGCCCAAAGAGAAAUGGGGAUUUCUUCCUUUUAGUUAGUUAGUUUUUUUUUUUUUUUUGGUGCCCCAGACUUGCCAGCGGCUAAGAUUCCUGAUUGUAGUUUGUUCCUGUCUACAAUCAGGGGUCAAACUCGGCGAUUGCAUGAGACCAUAGGAAACCAGCUACAAAAUAUUGAAAGGAAUUACUGAAAUAUAUGAAACAAAACCUGUCUGAAAGUAAUUAGAGUAGAUUUAAGAAGCAUUGCUAAACUUUUAUCCAAAUAGGGCUGGACAGUGCAGAUUGGAUAUGGUGUUAUGGGCAUAUAUUUCUUGAGGACUAGUGAUUUACUUUGUCAUUGUCUUGCAGAUACAGAAACACUGAAGUUUUGAAAAACUGAACUGCAAUAAAUAUUAUUUGUCAUUUUGGAUUACUUAAAUAUAUGGUACAACUCAUUUUUGUUUUUUAGACAGUAAUGUGCAUACAUUAUUCAUGCUUCAUUUAAUGGGAUUUAUUGUUCUUCCCCUCAUGUUCUGCAUGCCCUUGUAUGAACAGAUGCCCAGGACCAUUCCAAAAGGCAGUUUCUGUGGCAAUAAGUCUCAUUACAGUUCACUGUUGAAUUAUCACAGUCCAUCCGGAAAUUGCCUUUGUACAUAGCUUGCCAAAUUUGACAAUAGAAAAACAAAUAGAAUGAUGAGGUUUGCAUGCGUCUAUUAGCCCAUUUUAUCCAGUUUCUAUGUAGAUUGAUUUUCUUAAAAUUAUUACUUCAAACCUCGAAGGGUGUGAAACUGUGAAAGCAACAUGAUUAUAAGGCUUCCUAUCUCUAAAUCUCUUGUACAUACAAAAUGGAAGAAAUAUAAUGUUGACGUUUGCAUGUAUCUCUGAGUCAGUAUAUCUCUUGUCCAUGCUAACUUUUAUGUGUACCAGUCCAAAUACAAGUCAACUUGCACAUGAAAUGAGGUCUCACACCAAAAGGCAGAUAGUACAUCCUUAACAAAAACUGGCAGUCUUUCUUUGCUUCCCAUGGUGGGACACCACCCUGUGAUGGAAAACCUUUCAGUUCUGGUUCUUGAUGACAACCCGACGUCCUUGUCGAUCAUCUCCAAGAUGCUUGCGAGGUUCAACUUCAAAGUUCUUCCCUUCCAAACAGCAGAAGCUGCCUUAGAUUUCCUUAAAAGCGGGGUUGCUGAAGAACAGAAGUUUGAUUUGAUACUGGCUGAAGUCCAUGUUAGCACUAUGGCAUCUGGCACUUUGGGAAACUCUGAGCUGCUGCACCACAUAUUGAAUGAACUUCAGGUCCCUCUUAUCACUAUGUGUGCUUAUGAUGAUGAAGAGGCAGUCUCAGAAUGUAUGGCGCUGGGAGCAUGCUUCCAUGUGCUGAAGCCACUGAACACUGGAAGCUUCAACAUUCUGAGGCAGAAAGCACUGCAACACAACUCUAGAAGGGCAACACGUGAGGGGCCAAGCUUUCCCAAUUGGACCAAAAGUAGAAUGGUUUCAUCUUCUACUAAAAAGCCCAAGGAAAUGUCUACUCUAGAGAGAAACAAUUUAUGCAAUCCUGAAAGUGAGGAAUGUAAAGAGGCAGAAGUUUGGGAGGCACAUGGUCAUUCAAAGAAGUCGGGUCGGUUGAAAUGGACCAUUGAGCUCCAUGAAAAGUUCUUGGAGGCUGUCGAAGUGCUUGGGGACAAGUUUGCUGUGCCUGAGAAGAUUCUGAAGCUGAUGAAUGUCAAGGAUUUGACCUCGCUGCAAGUUGCUAGCCAUCUCCAGAAACAUCGAUCGCGCAAACUGAAAGCAAAACAAGAAGGGCAGCACCAGCAGAAGGGCAGUGCGAAACCAGUACCUGAGCUGAUAAGAUCAACACACAAUGUGGCCACUUCUGAAUCCGUCACACCCAGAGAUGCCGCAGGCAUCAGGGAGGUGUACCCCUCAAGGAUGUGGACACAGAUGAAGAGAAAAUCAGUGGAAGCAGCGGCUUUGAAGACUUACAGCUACACAUGCACAUCUGGAAUUUAUGGGGACGACACAAAGUCUGUGUGGGACAAGUACCAGAAGAGCCUGCAGAAAGGGUCCUCCGGGUCAAGCAGACGGCGGCUGCUACGAACCAGACAUCAUUGGUCUGCAAAGAACAACGAUGUUGUCACAGAUGAAGGCGUUUCAAAUGAAGCCCCCAAAACUUUUGGUGAAAUAGGUUAUGGUACACCUGUGGAAAGCUCUGGUUCAAGCACCCUGUUAACAAGUUUGCUUGAUCAUGUGGGAGGGAGCAAUCUUUCUGAAGCUGCUAGCAACAAUAACAACGUGGGUAACAUUAAUCUGCCUGAAGGUAUUUUGAACAAGGAGCACAAUGCAUCCAUGGGUCCUUCUGCUGGUUGGGCGCACCUAGAGAGCAAUGCUCUGCUUGAUGAUACAAAUAAAAACUCCAGGGCGCAGGUGGACCUGAUUGGCCCAUCUGAUGGCCGGGAAGAAGUGGAGUCAUUCUGGAUGAGUCAACUGGAAGGAUCACACGAGCAUCAAAACCUUGGCCCGGAGGAUCUUCUGCAGGUAGACGAUGCAUGGAACGACGCGCUUGGAUUGGUGAGACAGCCCAGCCUGAUCAGCGUAGAUGAACCGAUGGCUCAAGAAGCUGCCGUUGGGGAUGCUCCGGCGGAUGACCCUGUGAUGCCGUUUGCCCAAGACGAUGCAUACUGGAGUUGGAGUCCUCAGGUGGUGGGUGGCUAUGGCAUGCUGUUCUGAUUCUGAAUCAGGAUGAGUAACAAUAAAUCAAUGAUAGAAAUGAGAGCCCCUGGAAGAAAAGGAGAGCAAUCAGGGAGUAAUAAUGUAAUAUGUACUAAGUAGACAAUCGUGCUCAAGGAGAGCACGUGUUCAAUAUUGUCGUAUGAGGUGCUUUGAAAGAAGUCACAAUCGUAGAACUAAUUGAUCAAUGCACUCUUUGGUUUCAAACUUUUGCAGUGUUGUUUCAGGUUGUUUGCCAGCAACAUUGCGCACAUAUGCAAAACUGAGGAAUAUGACAUACUCCAAAUAGUUUUUUCCGA